CGAUGAAUGCUCCCUGACUGGCAGAAUGCUGCUGCAAACGUUCAGUUCACUUGCGUUCGUGGGAAAGUUUACCGGUGCAGUGGCUGCGAUGAACGUUCCCUGACUGGCAGAACACUGCGCCACGCCCCUUUGGCUUUAUCCCGUUGGAACUUAAAAUCCACUUUGUGAGCAUACCCUUAUCUUAAACAUUCCUCUAUUCCAUGCGUUUCGGGGAUUUCUCUGCACACGUUGUAAUAGAAGGGGAGGACGUGAAAGAAUACGAAAUCACCGUGAACAGCAGUGGAACACAAGCGACAUGCUGGAUUGUCUCGGAGGUCGGCAAGAUGUUUUCUGUAAAGUGGAGUUGUCAUUCCUCGAAGCGUCCGGCCUGCCAAGGGGUUUUAACCGUGGAUGGCAUAGGAUGCGUCAGGACAUGCUUGUUACCAAUGUACAACAAGGACACCGCAUUUUGUUCAGUGAUGCAUCUCGGCACGAAGGAGAGAGAUUUAAUGUUCUGUAACCUCCAGCUGAGUGAUGACGAGGCCCUGUUGGGAAAGCCUGUUUUGAGUCACCUAGGGAAAAUUAAAUUGGGCAUUUCUCAGGGAACCAUUCGUUGGGAACCCAGCAAGGCACCGGAGUCGGGAUCACAGUUGACAAGUUACAGGUCCAUUUAUCAUGAGAAGUCCGUAAAAAAGUUGUCGACCCAUUGCGUUGGGUUUGGGCCAGAAAGGGAACAUAGCAUCCCGUCUAGGGUUUGGGAGUUUGUGCCUAACCAGGACCCACCCUUCGAAUUCAUCUUCGAAUACAGACCAAUUGGGAUUCUACAAGCGAAUGGCAUUGCACCGCGAUCAGCUCCCGCCAUUCCUACCACCCUUUCUGAUAGCUCUUCUGGCAUGCAGAAAACCCAAAGCGGGGUAUUAGAACGGAUAGCACUCCUGGAGAACGAGAUGAAACGCCUGCGUGGUCAAGCACACGAUGAAACAGAAGACCGGAAGCCCAAACGUAUCAAGAAGGAACAUACAGAGAAGCGCCCUCUCGUUCAUGGGGAAGUCAUCGACCUCACCUAACCUGGGCCAUAAUUAAUACCAGCCGAAUCAGAAUGAUACGUAUCUUCAAGUGUCACUUUUGUGUACUCAAAUUCAUAUCACUAGAUAAUUGUAUAUUAAACGUAUAUGUGCUCACCCCCUGGUCACAUGUUGCUGAUGCGAGAGUUUAUCUGCGGCAUGGGAGCCGAGGUGGAGCUGAAGUUGAGAGGCUGCGCCGCGCUGGUGCAGUGGAGUAUGUGGCACAUCAUCGAUGAGCGGUGGGUGCCAUUGGACGCGGCGAAGCUACGUUCGUGCAUACAGGUACCAUCACCAUUCAUGCACGAGAUGUGAUGCUCUAUAGAUACAUAGGACAUUCUGGGGGUGAUUAUGAACAGCGAUAAGUACGCAACAGCCAUC